GAAUGUACCGUCCUCAGAUCUCAUGUUGUAAGUCUUUGUGGGGCGUUUUGCAGCGUCGCGCCUAGCCCCAGGAAUGACUUCUCGGUUUAACACUAUUGACAAAUCGAGACUGUUUCACUGAAACUCCGCAGAGGAGAACUGAUCAGUUUGACAACCGCUGGAAUUAUUUCAUUUCAAGUACAUUUGCGCUCGAAACGUUAACAUUUAGUUGCGCCCUAUACUUUGUCUUUAAUUCCACCGAGUCAGUAUUGUCUUGUGUGAGCAAUCGGGAUUCAACUUCAGCGCAACCGGAGACAUUUUGUUAUUUUUGAAAAUCAGACUUUCUCUCUGACGGUCUGCAGCCUGUUUUUGAUUGAGAUUGUUACGACUGGUGGCAAGUGGAGUGAAAUACGCUGUCAAGUAGACCAGAGCAACGAUAUAGCGGGCAAAAGCUUACCAAGCACUGUGUAUACCGUGCAUCGGUACACAAUAAUAACACGGCGUACCACAAGUACGUUCCGGGGGCAGAAAGCGUACAACGGUGAUGAAUCAUUUGCCGUGGCAGCUUUUGAACAUUUAGCAUAGCUAGCUUCGUUGUGACACCGUGGGUUGUGGUGUUCUCGCUCAUUUUUGCGGCGAACAGAUCGUUGGGAUACACGCAGCACCGCGCAUAGCGAACGGUUUAGAAGAGUCGUCCUCCAGACCCGCAAAGCGUCCUGCAUUCGCGUUCCGUCGUCUGCGAAGUGUACCGCCGUGUUUUCAGGGGACGAACCGCUAGCCACCGUUAGCUUGCCUUCCUGCUAUCGCUGGUCAACCCGUGUGUGUCUCUGCUCGGGCUAGCUUGCAUCAGCUAGCUGUGGACAAAGGACCAACAAGGCAAGGCAAAAGCAAUAGCAGAGCCAGCUUUUUUUAAUAUCUUUAAACAUUCAUCAUAUCAAGGAACGGAAAACAAACAAGGGAUUGACAUGAUGUUUCCACAAUCCAGACAUUCAGCUUCAUCACAGCAGCUGAAGUUCACAACCUCAGACUCCUGUGACAGGAUCAAGGAUGAGUUCCAGUUCCUCCAAGCACAGUACCACAGUUUAAAGCUGGAGUGUGACAAGCUGGCCAGUGAAAAGUCAGAGAUGCAGCGCCACUACAUCAUGUACUAUGAGAUGUCCUAUGGAUUGAACAUUGAGAUGCACAAACAGGCUGAGAUAGUGAAGCGGUUGAACGGGAUCUGCGCCCAAGUCCUCCCCUACCUGUCCCAGGAGCACCAGCAGCAGGUCCUAGGGGCCAUAGAGAGGGCCAAGCAGGUCACCCCCCCAGAGAUGAACUCCAUCAUCAGGCAGCAGCUCCAGGCUCACCAGCUGUCCCAGCUCCAGGGGCUGGCCCUGCCCAUGACUCCCCUGCCUCUGGGCCUGAGCCAGCCGGCCCUGCCCGCCGUCACCACCUCGUCCGGCCUCUUCUCCCUCUCCUCCAUCCUGGCCUCCCAGGCCCAGCUGGCCAAGGAGGAGAAGGCCUCCCGCGACGGGGCCGACAGCCACCGCGACGACGACGGGGACAAGUCCGAUUAGAGACCGCCAUCACCCCUCGCUCCUCCCUCCCUCCCUCCCUCCCUCUAUCCCCACC